UCUGGCUUCCCGAGAAGUCGCUCUGUGAAAACAGGAGCGCAGCCCGCCCCGGAGGGCGGGGACGGGGUUCCGCCAGCCUUUUCGCGCGGCUUGGGUCUCGCCCCGGGCCUGGCGGAGGGUUGCGGUGUAGGCCUCGGCACCAUGGAUUCGUUUUACCCUCUGCUGCACUUUUUAUCCUCGAGCUUGUCGGAGGGUGAGCUUUCUUCCAUGAAGUUUCUCUGCCGGCCGCAUAUUGGGAAAAGGAAGCUUGAGUCUGUCCAAAGUGGCAUGGACCUCUUCAGCAUCCUUCUUGAGCAGCAGCAGAUUACAAGGAAUGACUUAUCGUUUCUUGAAGACUUGCUUAAGAACAUUAAAAGAGAAGAUUUGGUCUUGAGGCUAAAGCAGUUCGAAGAGGAAAGAGAAGUUAGUGCUCCUGAUGAUCAGCCAGAUGUGCAUGAAAAACGUCUGCAGAAGGCGGCUAUUGAAGUCAUAUGUGAAAAUGUCGGGAGAGAGUGGAAAAUGCUGAUGCGAAAACUUGGCAUUUCUGAAGCGAAAAUGGACGGAAUAAUGACAGCCAAUCCAUAUAAUUUGCGGGAACAGGUGUUUCAGUCACUUCGAGAGUGGCAGAAGGGAAGAGAUGCAAAGGUGACUGACUUAGUAAAAGCUCUUCGGGGUUGUAACAUGAAUUUGGUGGCAGACAAAGUUGAAGAAAAGCUUUUGCUACUGAACACUAGAACCGGGUGAAAUCAAUAUAAAACCACUUCCGUGUCUCACAGAUAUGAAUGAAAAAAGUAAAAGUACCUUCUAUGCUUCUGAAGCAAAAUCAUUUGUUCUGUCACCUAUUCUGCCAUUAAUUUAUGUGCCUUAACAGGUUGAUUUGUGGUCAAAUGAAGACUAACCUAAAAGCAAAUUCCUUCCAGGUACUGCUUUGUAGUUUGAUGCUUCCUUUAAGAGAUUUUAACUAACCUGAACUCCAUUUUGUAGAAAUGCUCACACUUUUGUUCUACUACCCAUCUGAAAACAAGAUUUGGUUUACUGCAAAUACUUUUCAGAUAUAUCUUCUCUGAAAAUGGGAUUCUUCUGAGGCAACUGUAAUUUAAAAUUUCACAGGGAGGUUGGAUUACUUUUUUUGUGGCCUGUUAUGACUCUAGUGUGAAAGGGGGAAGGAGUAGACCUCUUAGCUGUGUACUGGGUUUUCUUUUUGAGUACCAUAAGGUAAUAUCUUCCAUAAUUGGUCCAAUACAUUUGCUCUCUGUAAAAGGAUACUGAGAUCGCUCUGACCUCAGGCCAUAAGACUGCAGUGCAGGAGGGUUAGUAACUACUCUGGUGUCUUUUUCUUGGCAGAAAAUGUGCCUGUGUUGAAAUGAAAUGUCUGUAUCAAAUGCCUUCAUCAUCAGAGAAAUGUUCUCCUAAAACUACCAAAGGUGUGUGUGUGUCACAGAUGUUUACAGCAGCCUCUUGUUACUGCCAUGAAUGUUUUAAGAUUCUUUGCUAGGAAUCCUUUCAUAACCUGUAUCACAGAGUCUGGUCAUGUCUGCUGGAAGUUGCAGCUCACGUCAUAAGUAGGCUGCAGCUUUCUGUGCUCUUGGUAACAGAAGUGUGUACUGUAACAAAAACAUAGAAAGCUGGUUUCUUUUUAGUGGAGGGGUGUGAAAGCCUACUGAGAGCAAAUACAUAGUAACUGACUUCCCUCUAGUGGUAUCUGGCGAAGAUCAGCUGUCUUUCCCCAUGGUUUGUUCUCUUCAAAGGUAACUCCAGAUCCAAUGGCUCUUCCAAGUCCUCUGCAAUUUUUUAGUUCGUUCCCCUUCCUUUACGUUUUUUGAAAGUGGUUGUAAGCAACUCGCAGAGGAAAGAGGAUUUAUGAACACGACCAGAUUCAGUUUUCACCUUUAAUUUGGAACAGACUUCAAAAAAUGGCCUUCUCACAUAACCUAAGGCUGGAAAAAUUGCACAAGCUGUAAGACAUGCAGAGCUGUAGAGGCCUCUGGGGACUAUCCCCUAUGUGAGGGGGAAAAGCUCUCUGAAAUCAUUAUUGCUUGAUGAGUAGGAUUGUUUGUUGCUGCAAACAUCCUUCUAACUACAUAAAUAGAUACUUGAAGAGGAGAGGCUUCUUUUUUGCUACUGUACCUGUGUGACUUCUAGCUCCUUUCAGGUUCUUUUUACAUGGUGCCAUUACUGUGAAGGCCGGGUGUCAGCAUAUAAUAUACCACUACUCUGCAUAAAUGUCGUGACUGAUAAUUUUCAAGUUUUUGUUGCAGUUGGUGCCUCUGGUUUGACACUUGAAUACUCAAUUGUAGUUAAUGGAAACUGCUGUAAUAUGAACUUACCUUUCAUUAAGGUUUUUCCUUAAAUGAUUCUCACAAGUAUUUUUCUAAUCGUAGUAUAUUAAAUAACAGUGAUUGCAUACAAGCAAAGUAGCAACAGGCAAUACAGAUACUUCCCACUUGUCUGCCUUUUGGGCAAGCACAGUUCUCUAAGUCACUACUAAGUUACUAAUACUUGUUACUAUCGAUUUUGUCAAUUCCAGACUUCCAGUAGGAGAUACAGUGCUGCACUUCAGCUAAAUGACUAGCUCAGAAGGUUUUUGUUUCACAGAUAAGAGUCGUCAUUCUACCGUAUUUAAAGACAAUGAUCUCUUCAGACUUUUUUCCUUCAUGCCUCUAAGCAAUCUUUGUGAGCAGAGUGGAGUAGAAGUGAAGUUAGGAAGAUGAGUUGUGCUUUUGGGGAAACAGCUUUGCAACAGUUCCAAGUUCAAUCUGUCCAGUAACGUGGUUUUCGCAUCCACUUGUAAUAAGUCUUCAGGUUCACAGAAGAUAAUGUUUCUCUGGAAUAUGAAAAGAAGUCUACUGCCUACUGCAUAGAACCAGGAUAUUUUAAGAUGCAGUAGGAAUAACUUGUAGCAAAAUGCUCAUCAGCUACAAGAAAUACUCUGCCUCAGUAGAUAAAAAACUUUGUUUCUUUAAGGAUUUGUAUGUAGUGGAUGUUUUACUGCAUACGAAAGCAAUGACCUGGACUUCAUCAACCUGUACAGGUAACCUCAGGGCCAGUUAAAAACUGUUUUGAUUAGAGAUUAAAAGGUUGAUAAUGUGAGAACGAAAUCAAAUGGAACAAAGGGAACAAAAACUUUUUAUUGGGAGAAAGGGUAAGGGAGAAGUGUGCAAUUUGCUAACUGGAUUACAACACAUUUUGUUACAAUCUUUUAUUUUCAAAUGAAGUAUUUUGGAUUCAUACACAUUUUUAUAACUCAAAUGACAGUUUUAUAUUGUAUAAUUUUUUGUGCAUUUCAUUAAAAAAUACUUCCUUAAAAACAAAAGAAAUUGAUCUGGUUUUCUUAAUAUUACGGGAUUGCUGUCUAUGAUGAGAUCUGUAUUUGGGAGAAGAUAAAUGUUAAGGACACUUUUAAAGCAAGGAGUGGUGCUAAACAGGCAUUAUGUUACCAGUGUGCUUCUUGGAACAUUUAAAAAACAAAACAAACAAAAAAAAAAAGCAAAAGCUUUGUCACUGAAUUCCUCAGAAGUGCUAAAAAGGCUAUAGUGUUCCUAGCAGGAGUAGCAUUUGAAUGCCCUCACUCAGGGAGGCGUAAGGAAAAAAAAUUCUCUGCCAGCCCUCAACAGCCUAAAAUUGAGUCGCAGUGCAGCGUAUGCAUGGGAGAGAGGCCUUCUGUGAGUAAAAGUCCCUUACAGGUUUCCUUAUUUUUUCCUCUGCUACUCAUGCUGUUGUAAGGAUGCUGUAUUUGUUUUAUAAUUAAAUAGAAACAUAGCUUACUCUAAACCUGUUCAGUCUUUUACAGGAUGUGUUCAGAAGUUAAAUUGAUAGAGGCUUUGGCGUUCUGUGAAGUAUGUACUGGCACUGAAGGGUUAGUGCGCACUUAAAGCUUUGAAUGCGUAAGACAAGUAACUUAAUUAUCCAUUUUAUCAAAUUCUCUAUGAUUCUCUGCAAGCGUAUCUGCCUGUGAGGAAUUAUUAAAACCUUUUCCUUUUGUUCUCUUGAGAGUCUUGUUUCUUUACAGCCUUCAGAAAACAACACAUCAAAGCAUGUUGAGUGUAAGAAGUGUCAUCUUGGGAGAAUUCUCAGUUCAGAGGAUUGUUUUCAAAUAUCGUUUCACAGUCCCUCUCAGUACUUGCUUGCCAUUUCCCAUGAUUUUUGAAAAUAUCAAUU